GGUCGCAGGCAGCACCCGGCCAGGGUGGACCUGGGAUGGGCGGAGGGAUGGGCGGAGGGAUGGGCGGAGGGAUGGGCGGAGGGAUGGGGGGAGGGAUGGGCGGAGGGAUGGGGGAGGGAUGGGCGGAGGGAUGGGCGGAGGGAUGGGGGGAGGGAUGGGCGGAGGGAUGGGGGGAGGGGGGAUGGGCGGAGGGAUGGGCGGAGGGAUGGGCGGAGGGAUGGGCGAAGGGAUGGGCGGAGGGAUGGGAGGAGGAAUGGGCUGA